AUGCAAACGCAAUCGCCUCCGUCACCGUCAACCACCCUCUACUCCCGCCACCGGCCUUCCCCCUGCCGCCACCGCCGCGCGGCCAGGCCGACCGCCCCCGGCCUCUGCGCCGCGUGCCUCCGGGAGCGCCUCGCCGUCUUCGACGCCGCCAACUGCCGCGGCGCCUCCAGUCACUCGGUCCCUCGCUCCGUGGCCGACCAUCUCCACCGCAGCAAAUCCCACCGCGAGUUCAAUUGCGGCGCCGGCGCGGCUCGCAGGUCGGCCGAACCGCGGCGUAGAUCGUGCGAAGUCGUCGCCGGGACCAGCCUGAUCGGCCUCUUCAAUCUGGAGGAUGGACCGAGUGGUCGGGGUGGGAGUUCUGCGGUCGGGGAGGGGAAUGGGGAAGGAGAGAUUCGGAUCUGCGACAGCGAUGUUGAGCAGAACGAGGAGGUCGGUGACGGAGGAGUCUGUGAUGAUUUCGAAGAAGGAGCUGAGUUGAGGACGGUGAGGGAGUUCAUAGAUCUCGAGUGGGAGACUAAGAAGCGCAGGGACAAGGAUUCGAGAGGCUUUUGGGGGGUGGCUGCGGUUUUGACGGACAAAUUGAGGAAAUGGAGAGGGAAGGAGAAGGUCGCGAAUCUAGGUCCAGUCGGACUUGUCAAUGGCGGCAAUGUGGCAAUUGGAGACGAAGAUGUACAUAAGGAGAAGGUCAAUCGGGAGGAAUUAGGAGAUAUGAGAACCGACGUUGGAGAAUGUGGAAUGGGGAGGAGAUCUUGUGACUCGGAAUGGGUUAAUGGUGGUAGGAUUUCUCAUGAUGUGCCUAGGGCUUCUCUGGAUGGCCACAUGAUUGGCAGGAGUUCCAUGUAUCGGCAUCUGAAUCCAGCGGUUUCUGCGGUCAAUGAUGUGAAGUUGGUUGAUGAUCAAUCUGAGGAUGGGGUGUCCGAGGAGAAGUUGAGCUGUGUCGAUGAGAAUGGCAAGAGUCCAGGUGGGCAUCUCCACACUAGGCAUUACUACAAGGAGCCAGCGGCAUUGCAAAGGCAAAGGAGGAGCUUCGAAAGAUCGAAUUCUCACAAGAGGGACAAACUUGAAUUUGAGGUUGAUGAUGCGAAGCCAUUGCCGAGGUUGAAACUGUCGCCCGCUGCAACGGAAUUGUUUAAUGGCACAAAAUUGCUGAUCACCGAGCAAGAGUUAAUGGAUUGGAGGCUUAAGUCAGUCAAACAAGAUGAUAUGGUAACGCUUGAAUCCGCUUUUCAGAAUGCUGCUCCUUUUGUUGGCAGGCAGGACCAAAAACGGUGCAAGAAAUUGCAGUUGCUGGGUUGGCGGAAGGCCUGGAACACGUGGAGUUUGAUGCACUCUAGAGGUGAGAGAACGGAUGUCAAUAGAGGGAUUAGUUGCAUUGCUGGAGAGGUGGACAACCAGUUGGUGGUUACUGAGUCUCGGCAAGAGCAGAACAAUGUUGCCAAGGAAGAUGAACCGAUUGGUAAUAUUACCCGGAGGCUUAAGCUGAGUAAUAGUGUUACUGCUAGGAGCAAGAGUGCACAAUCAUAUGGGCAUAACAUUGACAAGGGCCUGCGACCCAUCUAUCUUUCUCCAUUAAGGACUUCUAGAAGUAAAUCAGAAAGGAUGUAG